CCCCGCUGCUCGGGGCAGCCCUUGGCAGACCCUGGCCCGGGAUGGGCACUCUCCGGGACCUCGUCCCGCCCCCGCCGAGCGGGUUGCUGGUGAAAGUUAGAAACGUGUUCUUUGGGCAAUCUUGGGCUGUGCGUCUUGGAAAAACACUGCAAACAGGAAAUUAUUUGUGCAGUGGAAGCGCCAGUAGGGCUGGUCCCUGCGGCCGCUGCUCGGGACGGGUCGUGGUGGAGUUGGGGAUACCCACCUGCAGCAGGGCCGUUGCCCCUCACCUUGCGCAACUUAAUUAAUAAUAAACUUUUAAGAAGAGGAUUGUGCAGUCGGUGCCUCUCCGUGGCUGUAGAGCGGGGGGACACCCGCACCCAGUCGCGGUGUGGGCGGGAGGCUCCCUCCCAGAACGGGGAUCGGAGCCGGGCUCCCACCGGCCUGACCGGUCCCACGCAGAGCUGCCCACGCAGCAUGGGCUGAAUACCCACUGCUGCCGUCGGCCUCUUUGCCGAAUUCCAAACCUGAGCUCCAAAUUGGAGCUGAGCCAGGCGGAGCAGGAAGUGCUUCCUUCCAGGAGCAGCCAACAUGCCAGCCUCAAGAAUGCGCAUGAGGCCAUGGUUGGAAAUGCAGAUUGAUUCCAAUCAAAUACCAGGACUGAUAUGGAUUAACAAGGAUAAGAGGAUAUUUCAAAUUCCAUGGAAACAUGCAGCUAAGCACGGCUGGGACAUGGAGAAGGAUGCCUGCCUUUUCCGGAGCUGGGCCAUUCAUACAGGAAGGUAUAAAGAAGGUGAGAAAGAUCCUGAUCCAAAAACCUGGAAGGCAAAUUUCCGCUGUGCCAUGAAUUCCCUGCCUGACAUUGAAGAAGUGAAGGAUAAAAGCAUCAACAGGGGCUCCAGUGCUGUCAGGGUUUACAGGAUGCUGCCACCCUUGACAAAGCAUCAGAAGAAAGAAAGGAAGUCAAAGUCUUCAAGAGAAGUAAGAAACAGGAGCAAGAGAAAGUGUUAUGAAGAGACAAGGCUGGAAGAGUCAGCAGAAAGCUUAACCAACACUCCUUUGCAAGAUGACCACAGUGGCUACACCAUUCACGACUAUGCAGAGCGGGAAGUGGAGGUGGAGAGCACAGCCAUCACCUUAGACAUGUCCUCCUGCGAGGUGAGCGGCUCCCUGACCGACUGGAGGCCAGCAAUGGAAGUCACCAUGGCUGACAGCACCAACGACCUCUACCAGCUCCAGGUGUCUCCUCUGGCUUCAUCCUCCGAAGUCACAGAUGAAGAUGAAGAGGAAAUAAAUCCAGAUAUUUUUAAGCUGCUUGGACCAGCCCAAGACUGGCACAACACCAGCAUUGGGGGAAAAGGCUUUCUCACCAAUGAGUCAGGCACCCAGACCCUUUGCAGCACCUACGGCUACAAGGAGCAGGACGGGGACAUCAACACGACUUCAGGAGAGGUGGAUUUGAGGUUCUUUGACCAGAAAAGCAGCCUAGACUUCUCCUGGCUGGAUACAGUGAGGCCAACCAUGCAAGUCAUUCCCUGUGGGUUGUAAACCCUUGACUUCCUCCAACCACAAACUGCUCUUGGAUAGAAACUUCAAUGGGCGUGGAGAGAAUGGAAGAAAUUCUUUGUUACUGACUGAAGGAAGAAAGUAACUUUUCUAUUCCGUUUCAGUUGUAGGCCUGGAAAGGUUAGCAUGAAAACACCAUUAUCAAUGUAAAAAAGGAACCCCAUCUCAUUAGCAGGACUCUGGCACCGAAGAUGCUCAGCUGCAGCUGCCACCUUAUUGCUCUGGAGGUGAAGCUUUUGCUGGAAUGUGUCACUGUGCCGUGGAGUCUGACCUAGUGGGGUACCACAGGCCUGGGGAGCAGGUUACCAUCCUCCCCAUGUGUGGUGUGAUGAGCACUUUACCCAGAGUGCUUAGAGGAGACACUGCAGAUAAAUCUCUGACCUGUUAGUUUUGGUUGCUGCUUACCUGUGCAACACUGGUGACAUUGAGCUUAAUGACUGUCAUUACACUUAAGCAGAAAAAUUGCACUAAUGGGCCAUCUCUUCUUUGAUUUACUCCAUCAUAUAGUUCAUCUUUCAGACCUUUCAAACUCUGUAAAUAGACCAUUAAAAUGUGAAAAUUCAGUUUAGGCUUUGCUUCCACCAAGUCCAUUCCCCAGGUGCACUCAUAGGAUGCUCUCUGCCACAGGCAUGCCCUAUCCCUUUCCUCAUGAGUUCAAGAGCUGCUGCAUGAAACUAUUUUGCACUGAUGGGGCAGAGCUCUUUAUUUUUACCAUGCCUUUUGCAGAUCCCUUCUGGCACUCUGUGGGGAUCUCUCCAGUACUGCACACAAGUUUUAACAUCCCACAGAUCCUCUGGACCAGCAUGUGCAGGCAAGUGCUGGAUGGAAGAGGUUCUAAUGUGUGUGUGUGUGUAAUAGAUAGGAAUCAAAUCACUAAGCUGUAACAGACUAUUUUCUUGUACAUUUUAUUUUUGUAUAUAAAGUGUUGUAUAUUUGUUUUAAUAAAAUGUUUUAUAUAUGA